GGCCGGGCGGGGCGCGGUGAGCCCGCGGCGCUCUGGUCGCGGCAGAUUCGCCCCGGCCGCUGUGCUCGCCGCAGCAGGAGGGGCGCUGGGGAGAGCGGGAGGGUUUUGGAAGAGGCGCCCAGAGGAGCCCCGGGCUGACCGCCGGCCCCGCCCGCAGGUCGCGCCAUGCUGCGGGCGCUUCCCCGGCUCUGAGGAGAGGAGAAGGGGCGCCAGGGGACGGCGGCGACGCGAUUGCUAAGAUGCUGAUUUUUGUAUAAAUAACGGCACGCUGCCGCUCGUACGCUGCAGACGUAAUAGCAGCCAGGGCUGCUGCUCCGAGGAGCUGGCUACGCCUGUGGCUCCGGGCUUGGCGUCCCGCCUGCACCGGCGCUGCCCUCGCUGGGACGGCCGGGGUAAGCCGGGGCUUCCUUCGGCUGACCUGUGAGGGACUUGGCAGAACUGCAUCCCAGUCGUAGCCUGUGUGCUACGUGAUGCUUCCCUGAAGUCAAAGUCUGAGCGACGAGAGGCAAACAUGGCCCAAGCACCCACUGAUCCGAGUAGUGCGGAAACUGCUGACCCAGAGGAGAGUUCUCCAAACAUGAUAGUCUACAGAAAGAUUGAAGACAUCGUUACGAGAAUGCAAGAUGACAAAACAGGUGGAGUUCCCAUCCGCACUGUCAAGAGCUUUCUGUCCAAAAUCCCCAGCGUGGUCACCGGUUCUGAUAUUGUGCAGUGGCUUAUGAAGAACCUCAGCAUUGAGGAUGCAGGGGAAGCAAUACACUUGGGAAGUCUUAUUGCUGCGCAGGGUUACGUCUUUCCCAUCUCAGACCAUGUCCUUACCCUUAAGGAUGACGGGACAUUCUAUCGUUUCCAGGCACCAUACUUUUGGCCUUCAAAUUGCUGGGAACCAGAAAACACAGAUUAUGCCAUCUAUCUUUGCAAACGGACCAUGCAGAACAAAGCUAGGCUGGAGCUGGCGGAUUAUGAAGCCGAAAACUUAGCAAGGCUUCAGAGAGCGUUUGCAAGAAAGUGGGAAUUCAUCUUCAUGCAAGCAGAGGCCCAAGUGAAAAUCGACAGGAAAAAGGAUAAAACAGAAAGAAAGAUUUUAGACAGCCAGGAAAGAGCAUUCUGGGAUGUGCACAGGCCUGUGCCAGGCUGUGUGAACACCACAGAAAUGGACAUUAGAAAGUGUCGCCGUAUGAAAAACCCACAAAAAGUGAAAAAGUCAGUGUAUGGGGUUACAGAGGAGUCUCAGCCCCAAAGCCCUGUACACCUGCCCUCCCAACCGGUGCGCAAAACGACAAAAGAGGAUUUCCGGAAGCAGAUAACUUUUCUGAACAUGCAGAUAGAGAGACAUUGUUUAAAGAUGUCCAAAGUAGCAGAAAGUUUAAUAGCCUACACAGAGCAGUAUGUGGAAUAUGACCCCUUUAUAACUCCUGCUGAGCCUUCCAAUCCCUGGAUAAGUGAUGAUGCAGCACUGUGGGACAUUGAAAUGAGCAAAGAACCUAGUCAGCAGCGUGUGAAGAGAUGGGGUUUCUCCAUGGAUGAGGUGCUGAAGGACCCCGUAGGACGAGACCAGUUCCUUCGUUUCUUGGAAUCAGAAUUCAGCUCAGAAAACCUCAGGUUUUGGUUGGCUGUCCAAGAUCUCAAGAAAAGACCUUUACAGGAUGUGACCACGAGAGUGGAAGAAAUCUGGCAAGAGUUUCUAGCUCCUGGGGCCCAAAGUGCUAUUAACCUGGAUUCCCACAGCUAUGAGAAAACAAGCCAAAAUGUCAAAGACCCAGGAAGAUAUACAUAUGAAGAUGCACAGGAGCACAUUUACAAGCUGAUGAAGAGUGACAGCUAUGCGCGCUUUCUGCGUUCGAAUGCUUACCAGGACUUACUGCUGGCAAAGAAGAAGCCAGAGAAUGAGCAAGGUCGUAGAACUUCUCUAGAAAAGUUCACUCGCAGCGUGGGAAAGUCUCUGGCAAGCAAGCGCCUCACAGGCCUGAUGCAGUCCUCCUGACAGCUGCAGCCGACCGCCCCGCGGGAGAGACAGCUGGGACCACUGCCGGGGACGGGGCAUUUCAGGGAGAGCAGGUCCCUGCAGGGGAGACGGCCUGAGCAAGUGGAAGCAGAGCCACACGCCAGUGGAGCACCUCUCUUCACAGUUUACACCAACACUUCCCCGCCUGCACAGCUCCUUAAGGACCCUGAGCUCUGUGCAGGUACUUUGUUUCCAACUGAGGUUUGGAGAACACUUCACCAUACACGGGAGGUCAACAAGGCGAGGGCUUGCUGUCUUGUUAUUUAAGGAAACAGACCCAACCACAGCUUGGAGAACGAAGAGCUGAGAGAGAUCAGUGUUUUUCUACAUCUCUUUUCUCCCUGGCACAAACAUGACUGUAGUAAGAUGGCGCCACAAUCUCAUUUACUCCCUUUCAUGUGGCUGUCUGGAUCCAAUAAAAUAUCUGGAUAUUUUAGCUGGAAGCUGCUUCUCCUUCUCACUAAACCCCAAAUGCAUUUUGCCUGCAGAUUCACUGACUUUGACUUGGUUUUUCUUUCCUAUGUUUCUUCUCCUUUAAAACAAUAAGAGAAAAAAAAAAAACAAAUGCACUAUUUUAAGUUCAUCACUCAUUGUCCUUCCAAUAGCAAGUAGCACAUCCAGAGAUGAUGGCCAGAUCCUCAGCUGAAGUCAGGAAAGCAGGAGUGGUUUUCAUCGCCUGAGGAUCUUCCCCCUUGAGUCAGACUGAUCCUGGUGCAAAUUCUCUGACAUCGGCGGAAUCAUUCUGCAUGUGCGCGUAGUGCAAAUGUGAUCGGACUCUGCCUGAUGCUCAAAAAGAAAUGUUUGAGAUGUGCAAUGCACACACACACACACACACACAGUAUUUUAAAGUGAGUCGGUUUAUAUUUUAUUUAAUUUUCUAUUUAUUUAAGAUUUUGCAUACCUAAUCAAUGAUGGAUGUUCAAACUUUUCUCCGAGCAAACCAAACAGGACUCCAGCUCUCCAAUUGGAGAGGGCCAAAAUCCAUUCACUUGUGUCCAGGGAAAGGCAACUCUGAUGUGGGCAGGUGUCAAAAUUCAGCCUACAGUGCGGAGGGAAUUGUUGGCAUGAAUGGGCAGGGCACUGGGAGCCAAGUGACCCACCCUAAACAGCAGCAUACCCAGCUGUGAUAUCAUGCUCAGAUAACUGACCCUGCUGAGAAGCAUCAUUCUGAGAGUGAAAUUGCACCAUUGGAAGAAAUGAGCUUCCACUAAAACUCAUCUGACCUGCAGCCCAUGAAUGCAACAGCAAAAGAUGGCCCAGUAGCUUGUUUCAAGCUGUUGGAGGUAUGGCAGUUAGGAUGAGGACAGGACUGAAGUGACUUUAUUAUGAAAUCUACUUAUACUAGCUGCAGAUAGGAAAAUGGCCUGCAUUCACAUACAGUAUACUAUCUAUAAAAGGAAUUUCAAGACUCAGCUGACUCACAAAAUCUCCUCUUUUGUAAGCAGUUCAGAUCUGAAGCAUACAUGCAACUAGACAUUUCUUGGUCUUCUUCACUCAUGCCAAGGCAAACUGGCUUUUUGUACAGGUGGUAGAAACUGCUAUAUGGCUACAAGUCUGCAUUCCUACCUAGACAAAACCAUCUAGCUAAGUAGACAGCUGGCUAUCAACAACAUUCACUUCUGAAGCAAGUAUUAUUCUAAUAUCUAAGGCCUAUGUAUGCACAAAAACAUGCCAGCAUAGUUUCUGUCACAAAAAGAACCUUCAUCUUUGCCCAUGACAAUUCUCAUUCUCAUAUCUCCUUUCCUUCCUGCAGAAAAGUCCUCAUAUCAAUUAUACCUAAGGUCCAUUCACCUGCAUGAAUGUACAGUAGACUGAAUAUGAUCUUUGUUCUUUACACAUGCCUACACCCUAAACAGCCUGCUCUCUGAGGCCUUCAGACCAAAUUCAUCCUACAUGAAACACAAGCAAGUUCCAGGACUGCAGAACCAUAAAUGUCCCUGACAUUCUUGUGGUCCUUUGCCUCUGAAGAGGACAUUUGGUUCCCUCCAAAUUGCCACUUAGCUGUCCUUGCAGGACCUAUUUGUCCUCUGUUGCCCACCCAGCCCAAGGGUCCCCUUGGAAAAUAGCAGGUCUUUGUGUAUUAAGUUCACAUGUCCAUUCAUGCAUAUGUGCCCCCUGGGUCAUCCCUAGGAAAACACAGAAGUCAUCUCUUCUCAGAGCCUUGUAGAUGGUGUUUUUAUCUCUGUCAAACCCUCCAGUGCCAUGCAUCACUGGAGCUCUGUAAACCAACAGCUGCUCACCCUCCAAGCUACUCUGCUCCCAGUGCUGCCCAGCUAUAAGGCAUUUCCCAUGGGAGAUCUGUCUUGUGAACCCUCCAACUGGUCUGCAGAGCAUUCCUGAGCAAGAUGUACAUAUAAAACAUGAAACUGGUGUGUAGCAAGGAGCAGGGAUAGUAAAGUGGUAUAUGUGGUUCUCUGCUUUGCAGUGAGUUCCUGACAGUGGAGAGCUUGUAUCCUGGGAGAAGGAUGGGGUAGCUCUGCAGAGGUACUCCUCAGGUCCUGCAGCACGGGGACACACGUGGGCAGGACUGGAGAGUGCUGGUGGGUGAUGGGACAGGUAGAAUUUGGGUUAUGGUCUGUGCAGGCAGCAGAAAUGCCAGACUUUAACCUGGAGAUGUGCUGCUGCCCUGUGAGCAACACACUCUGCUUUGUCUUUCAGCUUUAUUCCUGCAGGACGGUCAUGCUGGCUGCCACAGUAUUUUGCCUGUGGGGAAUAUUCCAUGUUUGAACAGUUGAGCACAUGGAGGGAAUUCUUACAGACACGGAGAGUGUGCAUAUGGGCGUGCAUCAGGGGGCCUGGAUGCUGAACAGCUUGCCAUUUAAAUGCACACUCGUGCAAACUAAUCUGCUCAGCAAUGGCUAGCUGAGCGGACAGAGCUGCAUAUCCUCUGGAGGGAAGAAAGCUCUGCUCCUCAUUUCCUGACUAAAUUUCUCCAAAGCAAACAUGAGAGUAGACAAGGCCUCCUCCUGGGAAUACAUAUUAACCCUUCUUCACAUGUCUUUUACUUCACAUAUGGUGAUACAAACAUGUAACUACUUCCACAUGAACCACAUCCUUGAAUUAUUGCUUUUUAAUGACCUUGCUUAUUCCAAGUGAUGCUACUUUUGUACACCCAGUGGUAUCCCAUUGAGCACUGCAAGCUGUAAUCUGCUGCUUUCUAAGUGUCCGGUGUCUUCCAACUACCUCAUCAUGCUGAAGAUGAGUUAGGAAAUCAGCUUUCCACCUCUGUUUAUGUUCUAAAUGGCAUCAAUUCGAGGAAAGACAGUCUGGAAAGCUUCUACAAUGUCCCAGCUGUGCAACCUAGCUACAAAACUACCCAUACUUACAGGGGUAUGGCUGUGAAAUAUGGCUGUGCACUGUUAUUUGGAUAAUAGAGUAUCCAGAGCACUCAUGGCUAUUGUGGCAAAACAGCAGCAGGACAAGCACUAGGAAAGGUUCGACAAGCCACUGCAGGCAGCGUUAGGCUGAAGCAAAUGGAUUAAUGUACUCUCAGUAUAACUCAGCACUAAGAUCCCAUAGAGUACUGUAAUAAAAUGGUAGCAGGGCAGCCAUAAAAAGUGGCAGUAAGCUGACAUAAUAAUACCAGAAUAAAUGUAGCAAUAAGGUAACACAGGCCACUGCAGUAAAGUAGCAUUUUGAUAAUGCAGCAAUAAGACACAACAGGAUGCUGCAGUAAAUUAGUUUGGGGAAUAAGGCAGUAAUAACAGCAUGUGUGGACAAACAGUGGUACAUUUGUACCAGGUACUGCAGCAAUAAAGAUAACAUAAGAUGUCCUAGUAAUAAGUUACUACAGUAACAACAAUAUGAUGCACUGUAAAGUUAUAUCAGGAUGCUUCCAUGCUGCAGUCAAAUCCUACAAGAGGUGUAGUGAGACAAUGAAGACAAAAUAUACCCCUUUGCUGACUGCAGAAUGUGAAUAAGUUUUCUGCACUGUAACCCAAAUUCUGAAAUUAUCUCAGCAAUACCAAUCUCAUUCCCGCUUUCAAGGAAGCUGAGGCAACAGUGUUCCCCCACCCAGACAAUUAUUUUGGUCUGAAAAUACAAAAUUGACUCAUUGUCUCUUCAGCCAAAUUGUGACAGACUGUGGUGAAGUUCUCUGUUUAGUCCUACUCAGGUGAAACCCUGGUGGUUUUGGUAAGUCCUUUGCCUUCAAAAGGAUUUGGCUCUCUCAUCUUCUGGCAUGGGUGAUGCUUUUAGCCUAAAAUUAUUAAUGGUUUGGGUGGGAGAAGGGGAACCCAGGUACAGAACAUCUGACUGUACCAGUCUGUUUCCUAAAAUGCACAAAUAAAUGGAGCAUCCUGGAAAAGUCAAAGCAACAAGGACCAAAUCUGUUCUGUCUGUCAUGCACUCAUGCACACAAAAAUAAUCCUCCUGGAACCAGUGCAAGCCCUGGGUGCAUCCAUGGGCAGGCCUUGGCCUAACCCUGUUCUCAAUGUCCCCAGCAGAAUGACAGAAGCAAUGUGUCUCUCCUUUCCUGUUUUUCCAUUUAUUUUUUUUAAAUCUAACCUCACCCUCUGUAUGAAAUGGUCUUGGAAAAAAAUUCAUUUGCCAUAACACAAUAUGCAGUAUCAUGGGCAAGGAAUAGGUCUGUCCAAGGAAUUUGCUGUCUUUGUACUCUUCAGUAGAGGGGUAAAGCAUUCUGAAAAAUAACUGGCAACCACUGUUAUACUCGAUAAUCAUCAGGAAUAAGGGUUUAGUCAGAACAUCUACGUCAACAACAAGACUUGAGUGGAGUGUGUGCUAGAUCACAAGAUGGUCCCCUGGGAAAAGGAUGUAAAUAGGGCAUGACUGCAGAGUCUUAACUAGCAAGAGCAGCUCACAGCUUCACAAGUCUCAACGGAUACAAAUUUUCUGCUACAUCUUUCUGACCCUUCGCACAACAACUUUGCUAUCCCUUUGUUUGGCUUCUUCUGUCUCUAGGUGACUGCUCAGUUCAAGUUUGGAGCAGUGCUCUGAUACACCUUGGCUUGGCUCUUGCCUUAAACUCCUUGGCUUGCUUUUAUUGGUUUAAUGAUUAAGCAGGAUUAUUAAAGCAGAGCUCACAGUAGGGUAAGAUAGGCUAGGUUAUCAUGAUUACAUCGUUUAAGCUGUGAGCAAUUUUGAGCUUCUCAGCACUGUUUAUAACCUGAGACGGGGAACAAGCGACGUGGCUGCUCAGCAGAACAGUGAGCUGGUGAACAAUACACUAUCUUCAUGCCCACACGUACUUUGAACUUACUGCUGAGGAGAAAUGCUUUGUAGUGAGAAAAGUAAUCUCACGGCAGGGGAGAGUCAGACCUGAUCAACUUUUUCAUGUGAUACAGAUUUUGCUUUGCCAGCCCCUAGCAUCUGCAAAGCUUGCAGCUAAGAGCCAGCAACCUCCUAAUCCUGCUGCUAAGCUUUGGAAACAAGCUUUUCAAAGGCUGUCUUUACACAGCAAUGCUAUUACUUGAAGGCUUUUAAUGUGAAUUUAUGGCUAUUGCCACAAGUGUCAGUGUAGUUGCCCUCUGUAUUUGAAACAGGAAAUUGUGGAUUCACCCCACACAGAGGGUGGAUGUUAGUGGGCAGAAUUUAGGGAUGCCUUAGUACCUUCCUAUCUGGGGACCCAAAAGAUAUGCUGAAACAUUUCAUCUGGCAAAGGACAGCUCUCUUGUGGGCAAUGGCAUUGUUCCUUGGAUAUUGCUAUCUGUCAGCAGAGAUACUAAAUGGAGCUUCUCUCUCUCAUCUUUGGGGACUUAAACCAUGCCAUCCUUACAUAAAUAGUAGGUGACAGCUAGCCCUGAGCAGCACCUUCUGUAGGUGGAGUGGGAAUAGCAUGGACUGGGAUUUCUGGAGUGGUUGUUUCCUUUGGAUCCUCAACAAUAUUUCUCAUGUCCAUCCAUGUGCAGGUUACUCUUGCAUGCUGCACGGCUUCACAGCCCAGAACUGUGGACGUCUGGUUCUUGCCA